AGCGCGAGGCAACACUGGCGUGCGUUUGAGACUCAGACAUGGGAGGAUGCUGCAUGUCGUCCGAGGCCCGGGUGAGGCAGCAGAUCAACGACGAAAUCGAGAAGCAGCUGAAGAGAGACAAGAAGAACUGCCGCCGGGAGCUCAAGCUGCUCCUCUUAGGCACGGGCGAGAGCGGUAAGAGCACCUUCAUCAAACAGAUGAGGAUCAUCCACGGAGGAGGAUACAGCGAGGAGGACAAGCGAAACUACGCCAAGCUGGUUUACCAGAACAUCUACACGUCCAUGCAGACCAUCAUCCGAGCCAUGGAGACCCUGCACAUCCCCUUCCAUGACAUACACCAUCAGGUAAAAAAGGAAGGCUCUCUGCCGCAAACACGUCAUUUGGACGUCUGUGCUGUGUGGCAGAUGAGUGCCAACACGCUGCUGGAGGUGGAGGUGGCCAAGGUGGACGACCUUGAUCAAGAGCACGCGGCAGCCAUCGGGAGAUUGUGGAAUGAUGGCGGGUUGCAGGAAUGCUUCGAUCGCCGCCGGGAAUACCAGCUGUCCGACUCCACCAAGUACUAUCUCACCGAACUAGAUCGCAUCUCGCAGCCCUGCUACGUACCCAACCUCCAGGAUAUCCUGCGAGUCCGGGUUCCUACGACAGGCAUUAUCGAGUACCCCUUCGACAUGGAGAGCGUCAUCUUCAGGAUGGUGGACGUGGGCGGUCAACGUUCUGAGCGGAGGAAGUGGAUCCACUGCUUCGAGGGCGUCACAUCCAUCAUGUUCCUGGUGGCGCUCAGCGAGUACGACCAAGUUUUGGCGGAGUCCGACAAUGAAAACCGCAUGGAGGAGAGCAAGGCUCUGUUCAAGACCAUCAUCACAUACUCAUGGUUCCAGAGCUCCUCCGUCAUCCUGUUCCUCAACAAGACGGACAUCCUCCAGGAGAAGAUCCUGCACUCCCACCUGGCCGACUACUUCCCACAAUUCUCUGGGCCUCGUCACGACGCGUCGGCAGCUCAAGAGUUUAUCCUCAAGAUGUACCAGGAACAAAACCCGGAUAAGGACAAGAAGGUCUACCCGCACUUCACCUGCGCCACUGACACGGAGAACAUCCGCUUCGUGUUCGCCGCCGUCAAGGACACCAUCCUCAGACAGAACCUUCAGGUCUUCAACCUGCUUUAACCGCCACAACCAUAUUCUUUUUUUUAAAAAAAAUUUCAUUGUCAAAAGUCGGUGCCUUUCUAUUUAUUCAGUUUCAGUGUAAUAACCCAAGUUGUGCCUUAGCAAAAACUCUUCGGCAUUUUUGGAAAGAAAAUUUGUGUUCGUAUUUUUGCUAAAAGUGAGGUUGGUGCAGUGCGGAAAGAGAUGCAGAAAGCAAGCACACCAAUUAUUUAUUUAUUAAACAGAAAGAAGUCACUGCAGUGAACACCUGAAAACGUACAUCAGCACCAAAAUAUACUCGAGCAAAAAUAAAAAAAAAGAAUGUUGAUGACCAUUAGAUUCCCUUCUUUUAAAUAGAUUUUUCUUUUCGCUUUAUAAACAUGUUUGGCCUUGCAUAUCAUUACUGUCCAACGAGAAGCAUGUACAUUAUCUCCAGAGUUUGUUUGGAUUACUUUGUACCUUGAAUUUUUUCAUAAGGGGGGAGUCAAAUUAAGUGAUGAAUAUCCAAUAUUGUGAGAUUGUUAAGUUUUUAUCUGAAAA